AUGCCCCUCUCAUUUGAUUGGUCAAUUCCAGAAAAUCCUACUAGAUAUUAUAGAGCAUUGUCGACAGCAACGAUUGCGCUUGUGGGGACAGUCAGUAAACUAUGGAUGAAAUAUCUUACAUCAGUUCGAAUUGAGAAUGCUGAUAUUCUUCGCAAAGCUGUGCUUCAUCGAGAUCCUAAGCGAGCAUUACUUACUGCCGCUAAUCAUCAUUCUUGUUUGGACGAACCAUUGUUGUUCGGAGCUUCUGCACCAUAUCGAGCUUUUUUGAAUCGUCAACGCAUGCGUUGGACAUUAGGUGCUGCUGAUGUUGUAUUUACAAAAAGGAGUCAUCGAUGUUUCUUCAGUUUGGGUAAAACAAUACCUAUAAUACGCGGUGAUGGUGUUUAUCAACGGUCGAUGACUUUUGCAUUAGAACAAAUCAACCAAGGUGAAUGGAUACAUAUAUUUCCUGAAGCCAAAAUAAAUUUAACAAAAGAACUAAUCAGACUUAAAUGGGGUGUUGGUCGUCUUAUUGCUGAAGCUAAUGUUUGUCCGUUAGUAGUUCCAUUCUAUCAUCUUGGAAUGGAUUCUGUAUUACCAAAUGUAGAGCCGUAUACUCCUAAAAUAGGUCAAAAAGUCAGUAUUUAUAUUGGUGAACCGCUCACUUUUGAUGAUCUUGUAGAAAAAAUGAAAAAAGAAAAUCGAUCGUUGCAAGAAAUGCGUAAAGCGAUAACGGAUAUUAUUCAAAAUGAAUUUGCAAAACUAAAAUCAAAAUGCGAAGAAUUACAUCGACAGCAUUUAACCGGUGAUACUCCGCCAUUGCCCUCAAAAAGUUAA